UCCGAUUGUGAUGUUCGAUUUCCUGGGCACGAUCCCUAUUCUUUUCACUAAUUGCAAGGAUGCAAUAUGUGGUGGUCGACAUGCGCUGGGAAUUAAACGUGCCGAAAUAAUGUUCCAGAAAUUUAAAGACUUGGGGAUCGAAAUGCAUUUCUUCUUGGACGGACCCAUCAAACCGGAGAAAUGUCCUCAAUGGUGCCACCGUAAGAACAGUGAAUAUGAAAACCAGAAAGUCCUGUUUGAGAAUUUGAAAGCUAAGGAGCCCCUGAAUUAUCGGUUUCGAAGAUAUUUGAAAACCUACUAUGAGAACUAUUUACGAGUAGCGAAGAAGUAUGGUCGGAUUUUCCUGUCUCUGGAAAACGAAUGUGACCUAGACUUGGUUGAAAAUGCAUCAAGGGUGCAUCCCAUGGCCGUAUGUACAAGUAAUUCUGAUUUUCUGGUAAUGGAAGGAGACUUCCCUAUUUGGAAGACGGACGAUUUCAACCUUGAGACUAUGGCAGUGCACGUAUGGAACAAGCGAAGGAUGAGGGAGUCGUUAGGUCUGGAACAGUGGCAAAUGCCAAUUUUCGCAACAUUAUGCGGUAAUGAUUCGGAAGAAAGUAAGUUGGUGGAGCACAUACACGCCAGUUUACCGCAGGGGAUUAGGUAUGACAAAAGCGGAAAAAUGCAAAAGGCAAUAGCUGACUUGGUCCAAAAGACCUUUAAGGAUAAAGCGAAAGUCAAUGUCGAACUAUCUGAGUUGAUCUACGGUGAGGGGAGGUGCCAAAGUUCGUGGAAUGAAGUUUUCGCUGCUGUUAAAACAAGCCUCGACUAUUACUAUUGCAGGACCUACAAGGAAACUCAGAUCGAGCCCUCCUGGCUACGCGAGCAUGUUAUGAAAACGACCAGUUUGACCGUACUCAGUAUCUACAAAAAGGAUAUCCUCUAUAUUUCCCAACGCUUUAUUGACCUCUCCAUAAACGAUGUGUGUUCGUUUUCUGAUCUUGUGCUUCCACUGCUCCGCCGUGAAAUUGGACUUGUUUUCAGUAAUAAUCGUGACGCACAUAAGGACGCAAAGCACCCAAUUUGUUUGAAGCCAAACAUAGACGAACCUUUUGCCAUUCAUUACUUUGAACCAAUCUUUCCGGACUUUGAGGUUCCGCCAUUGGAUGAUAUUUUGGCCGCAGAUGAGGACUUUGUCACUUUGGAGGAGAAGCUUCGAUUGUUCAGUUGGAUUGUAGCUCCAAAGCGGAGUGAAGUCAAGGUUGAGCUGUUGGAAAAGCUACUGAAAACCAUUUUCAUAGUGCCAGCUGUCAUCACGAAUUAUUUGGUUAAGGAAGGACAGAUCACCCCUGAUGAAGCUGAUGUACUUCUGCUGACUGUUUUCGAGGCUUCCAAAAUGGAUAUGGAAAAGAUGGAGGGGAUGAGUCCACCAGCUGAGUUAGAUGAACGUGCCUUCUGGCUAUCAUUUACAUAUACGCAUUUUGUGGGAUAUUUCGAGGAAGCCAUGACGGUUUGCGGAUUGUAUGAGUUCAUACCGUAUUCAUACUAUGACGGAUAUUUGUUUCACAAAAUGUAUGGUAAGUUCCUGAGCAUGUCCUACGAUGUGAAGGAAGAAAUAUUAAAAUCUGUCCAAGAAUAUCGAUUAUAUGUUGUGUAAU